AUGUCGUCCAAACAAGAAUCAUUGGCAGAAGGCACUAUAAAAGACAAGCAUCCUGAGACACAUGGAUUUGAGGUUGAUGUGAAUCAGAUGAUGGACACUAUGAUCAAGAGUGUGUACUCAUCCAAGGAGCUCUUUCUUAGGGAGCUAGUAUCGAACUCCAGCGAUGCAUGCGACAAGCUUAAGUCGCUGUACUAUGAACUGAAUUCCAAGGGAUGUGAUCUGGACCCGGUUACAUCUCUAAGUAUUGAGAUAAUCCCGAACAAGACGAACAGAACUUUGACCAUCAAGGAUAAUGGGAUUGGGAUGACGAAGCCGGACCUGAUGAACUUCAUCGGAACUAUUGCAAGCAGUGGAACCAAGAAGUUCCGAGAGGAGAUGAAGGAGAAGGGGAAUGCAGCAGAUGCCUCCAACCUGAUUGGGCAGUUUGGUCUUGGAUUCUACUCGUCAUACCUUGUAGCGGACAGGGUUGAUGUGAUAACAAAGCAUCCUGAGGAUGAGGCUCUUGUGUGGACAUCUACUGGAAGAGAUGUGUACACUAUAGAAGAGUACACUGGAGAUUCUUUCUCUCACGGAACAUCAUUGGUGCUUUAUAUCAAGGAGGGAGAGGAGGAAUUCUUGGAUCCAAAGAAGAUUAGUGAGAUAGUGAAGAAGUACUCUCUGUUUGUGUUCUAUCCAAUAUACACAUAUGUUGAGAAGGAGAUUGAAGAGCCUUCUGAGGAAAAGGAAGAAGAGAAGGAAGAAAAAGCAACCGAGGAAACAACUGAGCCAAAGGUUGAAGAGGCGAAGGAGAAGAGACUGAAGAAGGUUACACAGAGGGAGCAGAUCAAUGCGGAAAAGCCCUUGUGGAAGAGAAAUAUAAAGGAAGUUCCCGAGGAGGAGCUGAAGAGCUUCUACAAGACGAUUUCCGAGGACUGGGAUGACUUCCUUGCAGUUGACUUCUGGCGUGUUGAGGGGCUUCUAUCGAUUGAUCUUCUUAUGUUUAUUCCGAAGAGAGCCAGGUUUGAUAUGUUCAACAGGAACAAGAAGAACAACAACAUUAAGCUGUACUGUAAGAAUGUGUUUGUGACUGAUGAUUUCGGAGAUUCUAUUCCCGAGUGGAUGUCGUUUGUCAGUGGUGUGAUUGCUUCUGAUGACAUUCCUAUGAACAUCAGCCGAGAGAUGAUCCAGGGAACAAAUGUAAUGAAGCUUGUCAAGAAGAUUCUUCCACAGAAGAUUUUCGAGAUGAUUGGAAAGCUUGCCAUGGAUGCUGAGAAGUACAAGACUUUCUACAAGGAGUUUGGAAACUGCAUCAAGAUGGCGAUUGGAGAGGCAAGCGAAGGACAGCAGGAUGGCUAUGCAAAAUGUCUUCGAUAUUUCACUACAAAGAGUGGAGAGGAGAUGGUGUCUUUGGAUACAUAUGUGGAGAGGAUGGCAGCCAACCAGAAGCAGAUCUAUGUGAUAACAGGGCUUGGAAAGGAUCAGGUCAAAUCAAAUCCAGCUCUAGAUGCAUUCCAGAAGUACGAGGUAAUCUACAUGUACGAUGUGAUGGAUGAGGUCAUGCUCCGAGGACUCAAGAAAUACAAGGGACAUGCUAUUCAGAGGAUAACAAGUGAAGGAGUAGAGCUUCCCGAAGAUGAAGAAAACAAUGAGGAAAUUGUCAAGUCGUUCGAGGAGUUCUGCAAGAAGGCAAAGGAUCUUCUCUCAAACAAGGUGGAGAAAGUUACGGUGAAUCCAAGGCUUGUGAGUGCACCGGCAGUUAUCUCGACAACUAAGUACUCUCUAUCUGGAACGAUGGAAAACAUAAUGAGGUCCCAGCCUGUCACAGAGGCAAAUCCGUUUGCAGCAAUGACUGCAGUCAGCAAGAAGAUCUUCGAGAUGAAUCCCCACCAUAAACUUGUCAAGAAUCUUAAGACACUUUUCGAUAACAACGAAAUUGAAAAGAUGGGUAAGAUGCUGGAGCUGUUCUUUGAGACGGUUCUUAUCCACAAUGGAUUCAUGCUGUCAGAUCCUAAGACAUUCUGUGCCAAUGUCUUUGAGUUCCUUUGCUCCUCGGAAGUAAAGAGUGAGGAGCUUGUGGAAGAGGUCCAGUGA